UCCCAUAAAUAUCUUUUUAAAAGUUCAUUGAAUAGAAUUUGGAAUCUAAAUAUGCAGCACACUUAUUCCUUCCUUCAUUCUUUCUUUCUUUCUUUCUCAUUGAUUCUCUUGGAUUAAUAAUAGGCAUUUUGUUCAAAGUUGCAAUGACAUCAGGAAGAUCCAACUUGGGUUACACCUGCUCAGCUUCAAGACGAGGGUUGGGUGGCUCAAACUAAUCUGACCAACAUCCACUGUUCUAAUUGUGAUGGUCAUGUUGGAUGGAAAAUUAUUAAUGAGUUCAGCAAUCACCCAAUAGUCCACCCAGGCCAAUACAUAAUGCAAAUUGCUUCUGAGAAUGAGAUUAUUUAUGGAAGAGUGCCAGGCCACGUUGAAUCUGAUUGAAGAAAAUAUGGCUGAUGGAUUUGGGUACGUAUAGCUUUGAAGAAGGUGUUAGAAGUAGUAGUUGCUUUGGCAACCAACAUUUUGUUGUUGGUACUCUUGUUCAUCAAUCAGGCAUUUUGCUCAAAAUUGCAAUGUCGUCCUCAACAUUCAACGUGUGGUUCUGUUGUGGGGAUUGCGGUGACAACCUUUUUUCUUUUAAUGGUCUCGUUAAGGAACUUGUUUCACAUCGCAAUAGCGAAAGUCGUUGGCUACUCUUUGGUGAAAACGCUGGCUUGAAUGUGAAGUUUGAUGGAAGAAAGGCAAUUAAUCAAGCUCCAGCCAGCGUUACAUCCAUUCAGGUUAAAGAUGAAGGUCGGAUGACUCAAACUGAUUUGGCGGAUAUCCACUGUUCUAAAUGUGAUGGUCAUAUUGGAUGGAAAAUAAUUCGUGAGAGCAACAAUCAUCCAGUAGUCCAUAGAGGCCAAUUCAUACUGCGGAGUUUUUAUCAGGAUAGCUGGGAGAAGCAGAUUUUUGCUCCACCUGAGGAAACAGAUGGAAGAAGACAUGGCUGAUGGCUCUGGCUGCCAAUUACUAAAAUUUCUGAUUCUGUUUGUUUUCCUAUCAUGGCUGUAGAUUUAGGUACCAAAUCCAAAUGGGAUGCUACUGUUGAUUUGAUUCAUUUCUUUUCUAAUAGAAUUCUUCCAUCCAAUGUUGAGUGAAAAAUUGUGAUGUAAUAAUGAAGUGAUACAACUGAUCAAAA